AUGAAUCACCAUAGCAACGGCGUCAGCACCGUGGACAACGGUGACGUCACCAAGGCGAAACGCAGCGUCACCGAGAAGAAAGGUGACGUCAUCAAGGAGAAAAACUGCGUCAUCACUCGUGACGUUCCUCCUGCCUUGAUGCCCGUUGUGGCGGGUCUCACCUCUAAGCGCAAGCGCGUGCCCUACUGGUAUCUAUUGGUGACAACAUCUGAGACGUACACUGUAUGGAAGAAGGAAUACAGCGUGCUGCAGAGGCACAGCGACGACAUUGCCUCCAAGGCGACUUCCCCUGUUGUACUAGUCGACCUCGGCAGCGGCGCUUCGUCCAAAACCCGCCUGAUCAUAGAGGCCAUGCUCAAGCGCCACGGAACACUGACGUUCGUACCGGUGGACGUGUCCAAAGAACACAUUGAGGAGGUCGGCAAGCAGCUGGGGCGCGACUACGAAGGACUGACGGUGGAACCGUUCGGGGGACUCUUCGUGGAUGGACUCCGAUAUCUCUCCACCCGCCAGGAGCAGAAAGUGAUACUUUUCCUGGGCAACAGCUUCAGCAACACCUGCAUCUACGAACAGGUGGACCUGAUGAAGGAGAUCCGGGCACAGCUAACAGCCAAGGAUCGUUUCGUGAUGGGGCUUGACAUGAACGUGGAUCGGGAGUCUCUGUUGAAGGCCUACGGUCAACAAUGGGUGACCUUUCAGAAGGACAAUCCCAUCUGUCGCCUGAACAAGGAUUUCGAUGGAGACAUGGAUGCGGCAAAAUUUGAGCUCAUCACCGACUUCGUGGAGAAUCCCGCAGAUGGGGACACUCCGAGCUAUGUCACGGGGUACUGGAGGAGCCUCGCAGCACAGCGCGUGAACUUCCGCAAACUCGGCCUCAACCUUGACUUCCAGAGUGGAGAGAAGUUUUUCUUUUCGGACGGGCCGAACUGGAGCUGCAAGUGGAACCUGCACCAGAUCCGCCGCCUGGCGGAGAAGAGCGGCUUUGCACUGGAGGACUACUGGACCAACGACGCUGAAGAUUGUGGGCUGGUGUGCUUCGCACCCGUGCCGUAGAGCGGGUGCCCAUGCAAUGACAGGGUAUUUAGAGUUUGGGGUCCGUUUUAGAAUCAUACUCUGUUUAUCCUAUUUACAACGACGACAGCUUGUCA